AUGCACACUCAAAUUCUCAAGAAAAAACUACUGUUAUGUGAUCCUUGUAGGUUUGUCCCAUUUGCCUCACCGAUCCUAAGGAUAUGGCCUUUGGUUGCGGACAUCAACGAUGGUGCCAAUGUGAGACCCUCUGAGGGGAGGAGAGGGCAGUGGCAACUGCUCCUUAACAACACCGGCGUUGUUGGCAUGCAUGUGGCUUUAACCUACAAAAACACAGUCAUUAUUUUUGAUCAAACUGGAGCUGGCCCAUCUCGUUACCAACUUCGCAGACGCUUCAGUGGAAGCACAUGCACCAGAAGCAACCAUGAUAGGAUGGACUCCACGUGCUAUGCUCAUUCUGUAGAGUAUGACAUUAGUACCAACAAAGUGAGGCCUCUGAGGCUUGACACUGAUCCUUGGUGCUCCUCUGGUUCAUUCCUAAGCAAUGGUACUCUUUUACAAACAGGUGGUAAUGAAAAAGGUACCAGAAGGAUCAGACAAUUUAGGCCCUGUGAGAAUGGCCAAUGUGACUGGCUGCAAUCAAAGAAAACACUAUCUGAUAAGAGGUGGUAUGCUUCUAGUCAGUUACUACCAGAACAUGAUAGGGUGGUUGUUGUUGGCGGAAAAAGAGCUUUCACAUAUGAAUUUGUACCAAAAAUUAGUCCCGGAGAAAAUUUCUUUGACCUUCCAUUCUUGCACCAAACUAAUGACAAUAAUGAAGGAGGGAACAACCUAUAUCCCUUCCUUCACCUUUCAUCAGAUGGAAACUUGUUUGUUUUCGCCAACCGCGAUUCCAUCCUACUCAACUUGAGAAGAAACAAAGUGAUCAAAACCUUCCCUCGGAUUCCAGGAGAAGGGUCAAGAAACUAUCCAAGCUCAGGCUCAUCUGUGAUACUCCCACUGGACCAUAGAGACAACUUCCAAAAGGUGGAAGUUAUGGUUUGUGGAGGUUCAUCUACUGGAGCCUUUACAGCUGCUGCUAAGGGACGAUUCUUGGAAGGGUUAAGAUCAUGUGGAAGAAUGGUGAUCACAGGAAACAAUCACAAGUGGGAUAUGGAGAACAUGCCCAAGCCACGUCUCCUACAUGACAUGCUUAUUCUCCCUAAAGGUGACAUCCUAAUUAUAAAUGGGGCUGAACAUGGGUGUGCAGGAUAUGACAAUGCUAGAAAUGCUUCUCUUGAACCUUAUCUCUAUAGCCCCAACAGAAGACUUGGAGCAAGGUUUACGGUCCUUAUGUCCACCAAGAUAGCCAGAAUGUAUCACUCAUCAGCAGCUCUUCUUCCUGAUGGGAGAGUCUUGGUUGCGGGUAGUAACCCUCAUGGGAGGUACAUUUUUCACAAUGUGGCAUUCCCAACUGAGCUAAGACUUCAAGCAUUUGUUCCACACUAUAUGGAAAGGAGGUAUCAUAACAUGAGGCCUAGUAACUUGACCAUAGAAUAUGGUGGUGGCAGCCAUGCAAUUGAGUAUGGGAAAGAGUUUAGAGUUAGGUUCUUCCUAGAGAGGAAGCCUAGCAACGAGAUGGAGUUCAGUGCCUAUGCACCACCAUUUACCACUCAUUCCCUUGCCAUGAAUCAGAGGAUGCUGAAGCUGAGGUGCAAGAGCUUGGUGAGAAAUGGUGAUAGGUGGGUGGUUGCAGUCUUGGAAGCCCCACCAUCUUCCCUUGUUGCACCUUCUGGUUACUACAUGCUCACGGUUGUCAAUGGUGGAAUCUCAAGCAUGUCUGAGUGGGUUCAGUUUGGACACGCCUAG